ACGUUACCUUUCCUUCGAUUGAAGUCAAUUUUGUUCAUCACUCUUAUAAUGUGUAUGAGUGACCAUGACGUUCCAAAAUAUCUUUUAAUGAACUUUGAUUUACAGAGGAUGAAUAUGAAGAAGAGGAAGAACAAGACGAAAAUUUCGAAGAAGAGGAAGACGAUUUUGAUGUCAGUCGCUUUGUUGAGUCAGAAGAUGACAAUGGGGAAGAGAAGGCUAAAAAUAAUUUGACAGCGGAGAUGUCAUCUGUUACUAGCAAGAACGUACAAGACGAAGACCCCGAGGAGAUGGAAGAAAAACUGAAAAAGCUUGAGGAAAUUUUCAGCUGUUUGCCACCAGUCCUGAUCAGAAGAGUUCUAAAUGGCGAUGACGUCAAGGGAAACGUUGCAAUAGCAAGCCAGCGGCUACAGGAAUUUCAAGAUAUGGAAAAUCCACAGGACAUAUUCAAAAGCCCACCGACAGUCAAGCCCUUGACAGGUACUGUAGAGGAAACGAGUUCUAGAGGAACUGAUCAGCCGAGGAAUUUCCGAGGAAAAAAGAGGAGAAAUAGGAUUAGAAGCGACAAUGACAUGCCCAAGGAACAUGAAGAGAUACAAGACUUGAGAAGAGAUAGCUUUGACGAUACCAGGGCGGAAAACAGGGGCGGUUACCAAGGUAAUCGAGGCCAAAAUGCAAAGCAAAGAGGAGGGUACAAGGGAAGGCCAAGAGGAGCACCAAGGGGAGGUUCCAGAGGCGGUUUUGCACAGGGACAAAGUGACUACCAAGGAUUCAGAGAUAAUGAUGUUGGAUUGUCUCAAGGAUGUGGCUUUGGUGGUGACGACAUCUUCCAGCCUCAAAGAGGACAUGGAAACCGCGGUGGUCGAGGACAUCCACCAAAACCGAAGCCAAAGAACAGGGGUCGAGGCUACAGGGGAAGAGGUAGUAAUUAUCAGACACCUGGCGAAAGUUUCCAGCAUGGCGAUCAGUUUUGUUAUGGCGAUUCUCAGCCUCAAUUUAACCAAAGGCAGCAUUAUCCAGAGAGAGGUGGAGCCAGCCAACAGAAUCAACGAAGGAGGGAGGUUCGUGGAAGAACUGCAGCUCCAUUGCAACCGUCUGACUUCACUGACGGUAAUGCGGUGAAACGCAGUGCUAAUAACGACUCUCUACUAGGUCCUUUUGGGGGAGAUGAUCCAAACAGACGCGGUCAAGGAAACCGCGGGAGACCUCGAAAUAAUGGUAACAGAGGGCGUGGUCGGGGAGGAAUGAGACGUGCGCAGAGCUUGUCGAGUGUCACAGAGAGUGGUGACCAGAACUCCGGUCAGGCUGGAUCAAAUGUAAAGGAGCAGUCUCGAUUUGAACGGAAUCAGUUACUCGUUUGUGGGCUGAGUGGAUCAACGACUGAAGAAUGCGUGACGAACUUCAUCGAAGUUAUGAGCGGUGAAGAGGUGAAGGAAGUAACGCUGAGAAACGACAAAGCCCUGGUCACAAUGGCCAACGACAUAACAGAUUUUAGUAGAAUCAAGACCAAAGGCGAAAAAAGAGGCUUAAAUUCAGCAAAGGUUACCAUCAAACAAGUUCCUCUCUGUACAAGCAUUGUCGUCAGCGGCAUUUCGGAUAAUGCUACCCAUGAUGCUAUUGAACUACACUUCGAAAGUCGAAGAAACAGUGGGGGUCCUGUGGAAAGCGUACAUUUUGUACCUAAAAGUGGUAGAGCUGUGGUUGUGUUUGAAGAUCCAAAAGAUAUGGAAAGAGUUUUAGCCAGACAGGAAGAAAAACCACAUGUCUUAAAUCAAACGCAACUGUCAAUCAGAAUCUACAAUGAGUUUUUCGAAAGUGAGGAGGAUGACGUGCCAGACGAUUCAGCUGGACUGGCGGCUACCUCAGACAGUACCGAACAAACUCAAGUCAGCCAGCAGUCCAAAGCGAAUUCGCAGCAGUUGCACAUAGCUGUAGACCCGGAUGUAAUGGAAUUCGUCACCACUUCAGUAUUUCAUGAUAAGCUGAAAAAUUCCCUGGCAGCGAAGAAGAGUGAAAUUACCUGGAAACCGAACAACAAAAUGGCUGUAAUAGUGUACCAGGGAGGAGACGACAGUCAUUCGUGGCAGUCCGAGUGCAUUGAUGAAGUACAAAAUUACUUCGGCAAAUUUGCGAAGCACGACGUUCAAGUCAACAAAGAUUUCUGGGGAGCCGUGGUGUCACAGUUAUCCACUAUUCUCGCCUGCUUGGGAGUAGAUCCUCCGCUGGUCAAACUUAUCGAUGAUUCUUUUGUUGCCAGAAUUGUUUCCCUGAGCUCAGAUGUGAAAGAUUAUGAAGAGAAGUUGAAAUCAAAAUUGGAGGAGAUAUACCGGGAGGAGACCAGAAAAACUUACCUGAAGAAAAAAGUACCAAACGUUCCUGAGGAACGCUUAAUUCUGUUGAAGAAGAUCAAGUUUGUGGAGAAACUUCAAGAGAAGAACAAGGAGCUGGAGAUAAAGUUGGACACUGAAGGUGAAGAAAUCUAUUUUGAAGGCCCUCAGCCACAGUUUACAGAAGCAACUAUGAAGUUUUACAAACAAAUGUCCGACAUGGUUGAAAAGACUUUGACUCUAUCCGACCGCAUCUUAGAAGUUUUAGGCUCGGACGAAGGGUUAAAGAAAGUGAAAUGUGAGUUGGAAAACAACAAUGUGGAGGCAGUGUUCGUCAUUGACAAAGACGCCAAGAUCGUGGGGACGUCAGCUGCGCAUGCGGACAAUGCCGCAAGGCUCGUGAACAAGCUGAUGUUGGAAGAAAAAGUCCAAGUGGAUGAUAAGAGCAAAUACUUAUUGAAAUCAGCAGAAUGGCGCAGGUUGUGUGACGAAAUCAACACUGAAACAUCUGUCCGUAUCCAUAGGAACAACUGGAAUGACACCUACGUGGCUGGGUUCCGGGAUGACGUCAUAGAGGUGAUGAAGAAGCUCAAUACGUUUUUAGAGAGCAACUGCAUCAGGAAUGAACGUUUUGUAUGCUCGUCUCAGAUUGUCAGAAGGUAUGUUGCCGAGCUUUGUCAGGAAGAUUUACGCUCCAUUGAAAAUCAACUGAAAGAUUUUGAAGUGAAGAUUAACAAAGGAAAAGGCGAUGAUGAUUUUGACAUUUCUGGAAACAAAGAAGGCUUGAUUCGUGCGAGAAAGAAGCUUGGCGCUCUCAUAAAGGACACUGCGUCUGAAACAUUUGACGUGAAACAGCCAGGCCUUCGGAAGUUCUUUGACAGUGGUAAAGGAGAUCGUCUUGUUAAAUCAGUGGAAAAGGACCAUAGCUGUGCGAUUCAAGUCAAGAAUUUUGGCCAAAGGUGGGAUGACUCGCGCAGCCAAGCAGCGGCUGUAGAUUCUGCUUCGUCUGGAAGUGACGAUGAUGACAGUGAUGUUGAUGAUGAAGGUGACGACGACGCUGCUGUGAGCGAUUCUGAUGCGUCUACCUUGGUGAUGACUCAAGGCCACAAGAUAUCAUGGAAACCUGGAAACAUUGAGAUGGAGAAGGUUGACGUAUUGGUCAGUUCGGUCGGAGCAUCCUGUCAAGCGAUAGUCAAUGCUGGUGUUCCUGCAAUGACAAAUCCAAACGUUGGAGACAUUACUGUUAAUUCCGGUUUACCUUUGACCAAGCAAGUGAUCCACACAAACUGUUGCCAGUGGCAGGGUGGCCAAGGGGACGUGACUCUACGGGCCAUCGUCCAAAAGUCUCUGCAGAAGGGGGAAGAGCUUGGAGCGAGGUCCAUUGCAUUUCCUGUCAUAGGCACUGGAAAACUCGGCUUCCCACGAGAUGCAGCCUCGAGAAUCAUGUUAGAAGAAACGAUCAGCUUUUGCCAAAACAAUCCUUAUUCUAACGUGCAGGAUAUUCGAUUUAUCGUGUUCCAGGGAGAUCAGGCAUUAACUGCUGCCUUCAAACAAGAGAUGGACAAAUUGAAAUCCAAAUUCCGUCCUGCCUACACUAUGAGGGGGCUGUUAAGCAGUAUUCGUUCUAGGUUCCGACGAAGGGUCCCACUCUCUUCGGGGGGUGUUCAUAUCGAGGUUCUGCAAGGUGACUUGUGCCAGGAGACAACAGACGCCAUCGUGAAUAUAGCCAGCAAAGACAUGAAUAUGGAGACUGCAGGAGCGUUGAGCAAGGCAGUGAAACUAGCAAGUGGUCCUCAAGUGGAGGCUGAGUGCAACCAGUUGGGACAGCAGUCGGGUGGAUCAGCGGUGAUUACUAGUGGAGGGAAUUUAAAAGCUCAUCACAUCAUUCACAUGAUCCCAGACUCUGCGACAAAGGAUCAUCUGCAGCAGUGCGUGGAAAGAUGCCUUCGUCUUGCAGAAACAAAAGGUCUUCAGUCCAUUUCUAUCCCAGCAAUUGGAACUGGAGCAUUCGGUUUGUCUGCUGUAGACUCAGCUAGCCUGAUAUUUCAAGCUCUUGGCAACUUUAGCGGAAGUUUCAACAACAUUCGUAAGGUUAGGAUUGUGGUCUUCCAACCUCAAAUGCUGCAGUCAUUUCAGCAGGAGAACCAGAGGCACUUCUCGUAUUCUAGUGGAGGCACGGCUGCACCCAUUGGUAAGGAUCACCGCUUUAGUGUGGAAGUCAUAAAUGGUGAUCUAACUCAAGAGAGAACCGACGCCAUCAUGAAUAUCAACAGCGCAGAUAUGAACAUGAAUAACGCCGGUGACUUGAGCAAAGCAAUAGCAAGAGCCAGCGGUCAACAGGUGCAGCAAGAGUGUAGCCAGCUGGGAAAGCAGUCCGCGGGCUCAGCUGUGAUGACCAGUGGCGGGAACUUACAAGUAUCUCACAUCAUUCACAUAAUUCCGGGAUCUUCAGAUAAACAACAUCUUCAGCAAUGUUUGGAGGAGGGUCUUCGUGUUGCAGAUGCACACAACCUUCGAUCGAUCUCAAUUCCAAGUGUUGGUACCGGCGGAUAUGGCUUGGCCGCGGCGGACUCGGCUCAGGUAACGUUUCAAGCGCUCAACAACUUCAAUGGCAGCUGUAAGAGUGUUCGCAAAGUGAGAGUGGUUGUAUUUCAAGCUCAGAUGAUCCAUGAAUUUUUGCAAGAGCAGCGGAGAGACUCAAUGCAAGAUGUGGACGAAGAAGAAAGCGACUCAUCUUCAGAUGAGACAGAUGCUGGCCAGCCAAGAAUGCGUGUAAAAAGUCCAAUAAAACAAGCAAGUCUUGACCACUCUGUGCGAAUUUGUGUGAUUGGCAAGAAAAAAGCUGGAGUGGAAAAAGCUGUGGAGUCUUUGAAGAAAGGUUUCUCUGAAGCUUGUACAACUGAGAAAGUCGAAAGUGAGGUCAUUAGUCAACUCUCUCAUAAACAGAUUGUCAGCCUGAGAAGAAAAGCCGAGGACCGUGACGUCAAACUUGUAGUCGAGGCUGAUGUUGAUCGCAUUGUCGUACGGGGUCAACCGGCUGAAGUGUCCGGCAUGGUCGGGGAGAUCUGGAAAGAGAUAAGUGAGAGGACAAAAAAGACCCAGGAGGAAGAACAGGCGCAACUGGUGGCAAUGAACAUAGAAUGGAGUUAUGAAAUACAUGGUAGUAAAAUGAAUUUCGGUCGGAAAGCCAACGCCAAGAUUGAGAUGGCGAGCAGCAAAGAUAAGCCCAUAGUACAAGUAUCUUUACGUGGAGACCAGUUUGUUAUCGAUUUGAAGGCAAAAACUGGCCGAGCGCAACGAACCGGUGAACAAAUUACACUGACGAGGAAGGUAAAGGGAGCUGAAGAAGGAAUUGCUCUUCCCAAACACUGGACGCCAAUGCCAAAUGCUAACAUGACAGUGCACCUGGUUCCACUCUCACGAAGUUCCACUGAGUACCAGGAUGUCCAGCGCAAGUUCCAAGCUACCGCUGGUGCAGUGAGUAUUCAGAAAAUAGAACGAAUUCAGAAUCCUCAUCUUUAUCAGUCUUACACCGUAAGAAAACAGAAGAUGGACAAAGACAUCGGUGGGAACAGUGAACGGCAGCUGUUUCAUGGAACCGAUUCUAAAAAUGUCAGCCAUAUCAACACUCAAGGAUUUAACAGAAGCUUUUGUGGGGCUCAUGGAGUUGCCUUUGGCCGCGGUGUGUAUUUUGCAAGAGACGCUCAAUACUCACUUGGUUACGCAAGGGGAGGAGUCGGGGGCCGCCACAUGUACCUUGCCCGGGUCCUGGUCGGGCAGUAUUGUGUGGGCAACUCUUCAAUGAUAGUGCCUCCCCCAAAGAAUCAUUCAAGACCUGAGAUAUUGUAUGAAUCAGUGGUUAAUAAUCAAGGAAACCCGUCUAUUUUUGUUGUAUUUUAUGAUAAUCAGUGCUACCCUGAAUACCUUAUAACUAUGCAGUAGGCAAAAUCCUUAUGCGUCGACAUCCUUGGUAGAAAAGUAGUUUGUAGUUCAAUCAGUUAUAUUUUAAUUAUGCACAGUUUACCUGGUUUAUUCGGAGAGAGCAGUGAAUGAAAUGUAGUGAGUAGUGUUUUUUCUAUGCACUUUUCAAAGUGCGUUUUUCCUUAGCGUACGGUGGUUUCAAAGGCCGUUUGUCCCGUUCCUGGGGAAGGGGGUACCUACAAAGUUUUAUCCGGGGGGG